UGGAAACCCUCGCUGAGGGUUGUCUUUUUGGUUUUCCUCCCUGCGCGGCAAACCCAAAGGCGCGGGCGGGAGAUGGCGGCUGGUCUCGGUUCGUUGCUCCGCGAGUGUCCGCUUCUCCUGCCUCAGAACCGGGAAGGGACGGUUUAUGAGGGUUUCCUCACUGCUCAGGGCAGAGACUUUCACGUAAGGAUAUUGUUACCUUUGGAUCUCCAGCUUAAAAAUGCAAGGAUACAGUGUUCCUGGCAUCUGAAAAAGCUGUUAGAUGGAUAUCAACAGAUUCUAAAACAGAGGCUGCAACACUCCUCGAAUCUAGUCAGUUUUAUGAUGGAGUUGAAGACUAUUUUGGACGUUGCUCUGAAAAACAGACAAGAAUUCCAUGCAUCACCACCUCCACAGUAUUAUUCUGCUCUCAUUGAACAUAUAGAAAUACUGGGCUGGAAUAAGGUUCUGUUUGUGGAUCCUGGUUUUAAUGUCAUCAGGUUAAAAGCAGAAGAUUCCUGUGGUCGGGAUCAUCUAAUCACCUUGAAGUUUUCUCCAAAGUAUCCCACAGAACCACCAGAUUAUAUAGUGGAUUUGCCAGUGCAGUUCUUUGUAUCCUGGACUCCAUUGCUACUUUCUACUGUAGCUUCAGGGCUGAAGACCAUCUCCUCCGUUGAAAUUCAAGAUGCACCGAAAAAUUGCAGAAGAAACAAUGCUUCAAUUAAUAUAGAAGUAGAUCCUAGGCAUCCCACCCUGCUUCCUGAAUGUUACUUUCUUGGAGCAGAUCACGUGGUAAAUCCCUUGAAAGUCAAGCUCAACAGCAAUAUACACUUGUGGUAAGUCAUUACAGUAUUUAUUUAUUUAUUUAUUUUGAAGGAGGUUUUAGAAAUAGAAUUUCCAUCUCGAGAAGCUCUGGAAAAAUCAGACUUUUCCAUGGAUUGUGGGAUCUGCUAUGCAUAUCGUCUUGAUGGAACUAUUCCUGAUCAAGUUUGCAAUGACUCCCGCUGUGGCCAGUCUUUCCAUCAAGCUUGUUUAUAUGAGUGGCUGCGUGGGCUUCCUUCUAGUCGACAGAGUUUUAAUGUCAUAUUUGGUGAAUGUCCCUAUUGUAACAAGCAGAUCACACUGAAAAUGUCUAUGAAGGAAGUCUGAAACGGAAUUUCUCACAAUGUAUAUGCAUAUAACUAAAGACUAGAAAUGCACAUUCCUGAAGAUAUCAAAGGAAAUACAAGGCAAGAAAUAUUAAGAAGACAAGGAUAAUAAUGGCUAUGACAUAUUGGUACAAUGUUUCAUGUAGUCCUGGCUCUGAAUUCCUGCAUGCUGUGGGGCUAGUCAACUUUUGAAGGCGUUCGGGCUGGCAGACUGGUGGAAAUGUAACUCCAUUUUCUAUGCAUUUGUCUUCAGUUUUCUGGAAGGACUUGUAGGGAUAAGUACUGUAUGGUGGUUCUGUGUUUUCCUAAGGAAGAAUAAAUAAAUGCCAGUUAUUUAACA